CCUCGAGUCCCACGUUGGUCGCAAGGGGAUGAAGAGAAUAGCGCUCUUAUUUCUACACUCCAUAUUCCUCUUUACUAAUCGGUGACACUUUAUUUGGCUACUUGAAGACUAAGUGGAACUGUAACAACACAGGAGACACAAUGCCCCUCACGUCAGUUAUCAAGAAGCCUCCUUCCCACUCACGGGCCUCAGAGCCCAUUGAAAGGGUGAUCUUGAAUAAACCAGACUGUGUGCGUUCAACCAUUCUGAGUUAUAGAGAGACAGGCAAUCAGACGAUCUAUGUCAAUGCAUUCCACAAGCUAAAGACCUCUGAGUCACUGGAGGAGAAACUCUUGUGGCUGUCACAAAUGACAGAAUGUGUCUCACUGCUUGACAGGAAGGCAGACAAGGUUGUAAUGGAGUUCUUGAAAAUUCCAUGGUACAAUUCGGCAGAACUAGCACCAGCUGUGGAGAGUUUCAUUUUAACACUAGUGAUGGCUCAUAAUUAUUAUGCAUAUAUAGUACUCAAGCAGCUAUUCACCUUCCUAAUUCCAGAUGUAGAUGAAAAGAAUGAGGAACUCUUGGUAUCAGCAGGUGCUUUGACAGAGGAAGAGGAAGCAAGCAACCUGCGCAUUUUGAACACCAUUGUUGCUAUACACUCCCAUGUUCCAUUAAGCAGAGACAAUCUACUAGUUUUGGCCCGAAAAUGCAUGCCCUACUUCAAACGGCAUGUCCAUCAACAUGCAGUUUACACAUACAACCUGUUACUUCUUGCCAGCUACCUGCCACACCUCCGACUGCCUCUCUUGGAAGUCAUCAUUUCAAACAUGGUGACCAUUGAUGUCAACACCCCUCGCUCAGAACUUGUGAUGGAUGACGAUGAAGAUGACUUGGAUGACGAGGAAUCCAGUGAUGAGGAAGACCUUUUCCACAUGGAAGUGGACGAUGGGCGAGAGAAGACCGUUACAGCUCCUGUGGUGAAGGAAGUAUUGGAAUUCACAGAGGAUCCCCCCCUGGCCAUGACGCACAAGGAGGGCAACACAUUGGAUGUACUUAUGACACUAAUGCUGCAGUAUGUCCAUGACACGUGCCAUGGUGUUCCCAGACCACGCAUCCCAAAGCAGAUUGGCCGUGAUCGGUUGGAUAGUGCACCAGAGGGGCUGCCCCAUGAUGAUGUGAGUGGGUGUCGUGCAGGAACGGCACGGGCAAGUGAUGUAGACGAACAACGAACCGUUGGGUGUGAGUGUGGGAGCGACCGCCAUGAUCUGGAGGCCUUAAAGCUGCUCUACAUGGACCUGCGAGAGGCCUUUGCGCGCCUCAUCCUGUGCACGCAGGCUUCAUCCCAUGUACAGUUCCUGGUCUUCUACAUACUGGCUCUGCGGCCGGGCCUCAUGACUAGCUUCUUGGAGUUCUUGCGGAUGCGCAAGUUUGAGGACCCCAACUGCUCCAGGGAUACACGCAGAAAUGCCAUGGCCUACAUCGGUAGUCUCUUGGCCAGGGGCAAGUUCAUACCAUUCAGCCACGUCCACUCUUGCCUUGAGCUCAUCUGCAACUGGUGCCACUCCUACCUUGAGAACCAGGAACGCACAUCAACCAAUUAUGAAGACUUCCUAUUGCACAGUCCUUUCUACUAUGCCUGCCAGACGGUCUUCUAUGUCUUCACCUUUAGGUACAGAGAGUACACAGAAGGACCCAAGAAGCUCGAAAUGGCACGUAGCCUGAACCUGGAGAGGCUGGUGCACAGCCAACUCAACCCCCUCAAGGUGUGCGCUCCCCCUAUUGUCAGCAACUUUGCCACUGUGACACGACGCUUCCAGCUCGCUUACUGCUACACCAUCUUGGAGAACAACAAGCGCAUGAACAUCCCCUCGGCUCACAUAAAUGGCAGCAGGCAACCCUACUCCACGACGCUUGAUAUGUUCUUCCCCUUCGAUCCCUACCUGCUGCAAAGAUCUAAAGCCUACAUCGUGAACCACUUCCGUGAGUUUGAUGGCCUGCCUGAGGAGGAGGGCAAGGACAGCUUGGAGAUGGAGCUAGAUGAAGAGGGCCUUGACACCAUUGUCUCUCCACGCUCCUCUGAAUGCUCCAAGUCGCACAGCUUCUCAUACAGUAGCUCACCUGGCUACAAGCAUUGGUGAUUGCACUUGCGUUCCAUCGUCAUUGUUGCCUCUGCAGAUUUUUUUGUGUCCUUUUAUUAUUUUUUUCUUUGUAGGUAUCAGUUACUUCCUUUACUGUCAUCAUCAUCAUCUUAUUUCUGUUCUUUCCACUGUUGUUGUUUUAUAUUAUUAUCAUUGUUGUAAUUAUUAGUAUGGGAGAGGGUAUGCUUAGAUUAGGCUUGCUGUACGAAUGUCUUCCAUUUCUGUGUAUGCGAGCGAGGGAAGAUUAUUGUUGAUUGUGUCAUAGUUGAAAAAGGUUAUGCAAGAGUUAAUGGAUGUAUUUAAGUGAAUUUUUUUACCAGAUAGGAUGUGUGUCAGUUCGAAUAUGAGUGUAUAUAUAUUGUGUAUUCUUGUGUGUGUAUGUGUGUGUAUUUGUGUUUCCUUCCCUGUGUGUAUGUGUAUGUAAGUGCUAAUCUCAUAUGUACAUAGAAUUAAGCAAUACCUUCCCAGAAAUUAGUCAGGAUUUCUAGGUACCAAAAAUGUUGCAUCAUGCAUUGCACUGACUGGAAAAUGGAAUGGAAGAAGCAGGCUUUCUGAUCCAUUUACCUCAUAUUGUAGAGUAAGAAUACUGAAUCGGUAGAGAGGAUAAAGAUUUAAAAUAUAUAUUAGGUUUAGUAAUUUUGGUGCACUCUGUAGAAUGCAGACCAUGAAAAGAAAAUCAAUAAAAGAAUAAAAGCUG